AAACCUAGAAAACGAUCGAGAAAACGAACGGGGAAACCUCUCAAAGACAUUGUGAUACUAUAUAGGGAAAACAAAGAAUUUCGAUCUAAUAUGGAACAAUAACCUAUGCGACGAAGGUAUAUAUCGGAAUUAUAUGAACUAACUAAAUGGAAAUAUCCUCUAACAGAAGCUAUAAAAUAAGUCAUAAUGGGAACAGAAAGUGCAUUGAUUGGAGGCUUCUCUACGACAAGCACUGGACUAUCGUGGUUUUUUUCAGUUUUAACUGCAGCAAUACUUUAUUUCCAUUAUGAAGUCUUAGACAACGAGGCACCACCUAUUGAUGUUCCUUCUGAAGAAUUAUUAAGAUCUUACGAUUUUAUCAUAAUUGGUGGUGGAUCGGCAGGUGCCGUUGUAGCGAAUCGUUUAAGCGAAAUCAACAACUGGAACGUGCUACUCCUAGAAGCUGGAGGACAGGAGACAGAUAUAUCGGACGUACCUCUUCUUGCUGGUUAUCUUCAACUAACUCAACUCGAUUGGCAGUAUAAGACAGAACCUCAGAGUACUUAUUGCUUGGCAAUGGAAAAUGAACGUUGCAACUGGCCUCGUGGUAAAGUGAUCGGUGGUAGCAGCGUUCUAAACUACAUGCUUUAUCUUCGUGGAAAUAAAAAGGACUAUGACUUGUGGGAGCAGCAGGGUAAUCCUGGUUGGAAUUCGAAAGAAGUACUUUAUUAUUUCAAGAAGUCCGAAGAUAAUCAAAAUCCAUACUUGACACGUACAUCGUAUCAUUCGAAGGGUGGUUAUCUAACGGUUCAAGAAGCACCAUGGCAUACACCAUUGGCGGCAGCCUUCAUUCAAGCUGGUCAAGAGAUGGGUUACGAAAAUCGUGACAUAAAUGGAGAAUAUCAGACUGGUUUCAUGAUCGCACAGGGUACCAUAAGACGUGGCAGUCGAUGUUCCUCAUCAAAGGCUUUCUUACGUCCUAUAAGACUUCGUAAAAACUUGCACGUUGCAUUGAACUCACACGUGACCAAAAUACUGAUCGAUCCCUAUUCUAAGAAAACAUACGGAGUAGAAUUUGUCAGAGAUAAGAAAGUUUUUCGCAUAUAUACGAAAAAAGAAGUGAUCGUGUCCAGUGGAUCCAUCAAUUCUGCUCAGCUCCUGAUGUUGUCAGGUUUAGGACCAAGAAAAGAUUUACUUAAACACGGUAUUCCGAUAAUACAAGACCUAAAGGUAGGUCACAAUCUACAAGAUCACGUUGGUUUAGGUGGUCUCGCUUUUCGAGUGAACAGUGAAAUUUCUAUGGUCGAAAAGAGACUUCACAAUGUGCAAGCUGUCAUACAAUACGCACUUUUAGGUGAUGGUCCUUUGACCGUUUUAGGUGGUGUUGAAGGAGUAGCCUUUAUUAAUACUAAGUACGCUAAUGCCACGGAAGAUUUUCCAGAUAUCGAGCUACAUUUCGCAUCAGGCUCGAUAAAUUCAGAUGGCGGUAGACAAUUACGAAAGAUCGAUGGGGUAAAGAAGAGUUUUUAUGAUGCAGUUUUUAGUCCGAUUAGCGAAAAGGACGUUUGGAGCGUGUUACCCAUGCUUUUGAGACCUAAGAGCAGAGGUAUUAUCAAAUUAAAAAGCAAAAAUCCGUUCGAUCAUCCCUUGAUUUAUACUAACUAUUUCAAAGAACGCGAGGAUAUAGCGACCCUUAUUGAAGGUAUCAAGAUCGCUAUUGCACUUAGCAAAACUCGAGCUUUUGAAAGAUUCGGUAGUGAACUUUAUUCGAAACCAUUUCCCAAUUGCAAGGAUAUACCACAGUACACUGAUCAACAUUGGGAAUGUAUGAUUAGAUAUUAUACGCAUACGGUUUAUCAUCCUGUUGGUACUUGCAAAAUGGGACCGUAUUGGGAUCCAGAUGCAGUGGUCAACCAUAAGCUUCAAGUUUACGGAGUAAGUGGCCUUCGUGUUAUCGACGCUUCUAUCAUGCCCAACAUUGUCAGCGGUAAUACCAAUGCUCCAGUGAUAAUGAUCGCCGAGAAGGGUUCUGACAUGAUUAAGCAGUACUGGUUAAAGAAGAAGAAUCGAGGCUAAAGCACGUACUUGGAAAAAAAAUAUCAAGAUGGAGUAGAACUUUUCUACGAAAAGUGAUAUCACGACCAUCAUUUUUUAAACAAUUUUAGAUUAAAAACAAGUGAUGUUUUAUGUUAAUAAUUUAAUAUAUUUUUAUUGUUUUGUCAAUUAUUAUUUAUUGUCCAGAAUAUCUAAUGAUUGUGACAUCAUUUCAAAGUACAAUAAACUUUAUAUACGGCUAUGUAUUUGAUAGUAACAUAAAUUGUAAUUUAUGUAUAUUAUCGUUUUUCAUAAAGACAUCAACGUUAUCUUCAGAUAUGUUAUUGUAUGACAUAUUUUAGUAAAAUGAAUAAUUGUAAAAAAUAUGUAAAGACAUAAAAUAAUAUAUGAAGUAAAUAUAUAAUAUUAAAUGUAUAAUUAUCGAAAUUUUGCAUUGAUACUAAAUUUAUUUGUAACGGUAAGAUUGCUGACACGACGAAUAAAGAGAAUAUCGAGGUCAA